GUUGCAAGCAAUGAUCAAAGCGUUCAGACCAGCAUGGGCUGCGCUCGGGCUGUUAUGUUUUACAAAUGAAGCAGGUGCCACAAGUCUGAGACGAGACGUGAAAGCCGGUUCUCUUUGCGAGUUUGCUGAGAAGGAGCCGCUUCUGUCAUGUAAGAAGGUCGCUGCGGGCGGAUCCUCGUGGAAUGCGAAUCUCCACGAGGCAUGGCAUCAACUUUGCCAGGACAGUCAAACUUCACCCUACAUGGAAGUUUUCCUGGACAAGCGCUUCAAGGAAAACUACCACCAUGUCUACAAAUCGGAUGGUUGGGCAGAUUCUGCAUGGGUCAACUAUGUGGCGGUAAAGAAAUCCGGAGGUGUCUUUGGGAAGCUUACUGAAAGGUUGGUGGAAUCAAUUCACCGUUUCUCGCAGCACCCAAUCAUCGUGGUGAAUUUCGGACAGGAGGCACCAGAGGAGCUGUCUCCUCGAAGAUUCCCGCGAUUGGUGCUGCUUCAUGCUCGUGGUUUCGACCCGGCUCUUCGUUUAUCCUUCAACUUCAACAAGCUAAGAGCCAUUCUGUUGGCUCAGGCCAAAGUUGGAGCAUCACUGGAUUCAGACAUGCUCUUGGUCGGCCCUCAAGCUGAUCAACUCCUGAAUCGCACUGCUGAGGAGAUCACCGAAAAGUAUAGAUUCCCCAUGAUGCCCACGCAUUUUCUUGAUCGGGACCUCCGAGACAAGAACUCCGGCAAGGGCAACUUCUUGCCGUACAGCUGCAAGAAUUGCCCGGAACCAACUAUGCGAUGGGGCCAGGCGCAGCCAACAUGGACUCACUGGUCUUUCCCCUUUGUCAGCCGGUGGCUCACCGCGAAGAUGAAAGGGAGAUCCCAGAAUGGUGUGCCAACUGAUGACAUUGCGGAGGAUGAGGAUUUGUUAAACGUUGCCUUGUGGUCUGAAGGUGCGACCAAAUCUUGGUGUGCUUUCCAGACAGGCGGCAUCAAUUUCCUGUGGGAAAAUUUGUAUCCUCAGCAUCCUCCUGGGCCAUAUCCUUACUAUGAGGAUCCGCGGUACUUCCCUGCAGGUAUUCCUGUGGCCUUCUGGUUUGGACAUGCAGAGAAGGAUCCUGCUCACAUUGACAAUGCCCUGACAUUCCUAUCAGAUUCAUCAAGGAUCAACACACAACCUCCAAAGCCAUUUUAUCACAACAUGACCUUUUUUGCAAGUUUCAAAGAGCUCAAACAGGCUUAUCCAGACCUGAAGUGCACUCUCUAGCUCUAGCGUGGAAACUUCGCGUGAGCCAAACGGCACCAGAGUGCGAACAAA